AGUGAGCAACCCUAAUUAACCUGAUUUUUUGCUGAUAAUCACUCUCAAUGGAAUCAAAUCACAAAUCCGGGGAUGGAUUGAGCGGCACCCAGAAGGAAGCAGCCCUCCGCGCACUGGUCCAGCGCACAGGAUAUAGCUUGGUCCAGGAAAAUGGACAAAGAAAGUACGGUGGCCCUCCACCUGGCUGGGAUGCUGCACCCCCAGAAAGGGGCUGUGAGAUUUUUAUUGGAAAACUUCCCCGAGACCUUUUUGAGGAUGAACUUAUACCAUUAUGUGAAAAAAUUGGUAAGAUUUAUGAAAUGAGAAUGAUGAUGGAUUUUAAUGGCAACAAUAGAGGAUAUGCCUUUGUAACAUUCUCAAAUAAACAGGAAGCCAAGAAUGCAAUCAAGCAACUUAACAAUUAUGAAAUUCGAAACGGGCGUCUCUUAGGGGUUUGUGCCAGCGUGGACAACUGCCGGUUGUUUGUUGGGGGAAUUCCAAAAACCAAAAAGAGAGAAGAAAUCUUAUCGGAAAUGAAGAAGGUGACUGAAGGCGUUAUCGACGUCAUUGUCUACCCAAGUGCUGCAGAUAAAACCAAAAACCGAGGCUUCGCCUUUGUGGAAUACCAGAGUCAUCGGGCAGCUGCCAUGGCCCGGAGGAAGCUCCUCCCAGGAAGAAUUCAAUUAUGGGGACACCCUAUUGCAGUGGACUGGGCAGAGCCAGAAGUAGAAGUUGAUGAAGACACAAUGUCUUCAGUGAAAAUCCUCUAUGUAAGAAACCUAAUGCUGUCCACCUCUGAAGAGAUGAUUGAAAAAGAAUUCAACAAUAUUAAACCAGGUGCUGUGGAGAGGGUGAAGAAGAUCCGAGACUAUGCUUUCGUGCACUUCAAUAAGCGAGAAGAUGCAAUUGAGGCCAUGAACGCUUUAAAUGGGAAGGUGCUGGAUGGUUCCCCCAUUGAAGUGACCCUGGCCAAACCAGUGGACAAGGACAGUUACGUUAGGUAUACCCGAGGCACAGGUGGAAGGGGCACCAUGCUACAAGGGGAGUAUACCUAUUCUUUGGGCCAUGUCUAUGAUCCUACCACAACCUACCUUGGAGCUCCUGUCUUCUAUGCCCCCCAGGCCUAUACGAUUCCUAGCCUUCAUUUCCCAGCCACCAAAGGACAUCUUGGCAACAGGGCCGUUAUCCGAGCCCCUUCUGUUAGAGAAAUUUACAUGAAUGUACCUGUAGGGGCUGCGGGAGUCAGAGGACUGGGCGGCCGAGGCUAUUUGGCGUACACAGGCCUGGGGCGUGGAUAUCAGGUCAAAGGAGACAAGAAAGAAGACAAACUCUACGAUCUUUUACCUGGGAUGGAACUCACCCCGAUGAAUCCUAUUACCUUAAAACCCCAAGGAAUUAAACUUGCUCCCCAGAUACUAGAAGAAAUUUGUCAGAAAAAUAAUUGGGGACAGCCGGUAUAUCAACUGCACUCUGCCAUUGGACAGGAUCAAAGACAACUGUUCUUAUACAAAAUCACCAUUCCUGCUCUGGCCAGCCAGAAUCCUGCAAUCCACCCUUUCACACCUCCAAAGCUGAGCGCCUACGUGGAUGAAGCGAAGACGUACGCAGCCGAGUACACCCUGCAGACCCUGGGCAUUCCCGCCGAUGGAGCCAACGCUUCCACCACAGCGGUCACUGCCGCUUCGGCUGCUGCGUUUCCAGGGUAUGCCAUCCCCAACGCAACUGCACCUGUGUCUGCAGCCCAGCUCAAGCAAGCAGUGACGCUCGGACAAGACUUAGCCGCUUACACAACGUAUGAGGUCUACCCCACUUUUGCAGUGACUGCCCGAGGAGAUGGAUAUGGAGCCUUCUGAAGAUAUCUUUUUUAAAUUUUAAUAAUAAGACUCAAAACUCUAUAUAGAAGAAAUAAACCUCUAACUCAGUCCCCUAAUGAUC